CUUCGUGACUUUCCAGUUUCCAAUAGUUGUUUUUUCUUUUUCUUUUUCUUUGCCUAAUGGAUUAUUGUAAUUGGCUAUACGAUGUUUUCCCGAGCUUUAGUGGGGAAGAUGUGCGCAAAAAUUUCCUUAGCCAUUUUCUCAAGGAGCUAGAUCGAAAACUGAUCAAGGCUUUCAAAGACAAUGAGAUCGAGAGAAGCCACUCGAUUGCCCCUGCGCUUGUAACCGCGAUUAGGACGUCCAGGAUCGCGGUCGUUGUGUUCUCGCCAAAGUAUGCCUCUUCGAGUUGGUGUCUGGACGAGUUGGUUGAGAUCGUGAGAUGUAUGGAAGAGUUGGGUCAACUAGUUCUGCCCAUUUUCUAUGGUUUAGAUCCAUCUCAUGUCAGGAAACAAACGGGCAAGUUUGGAGAGGGUUUUGCCAAGACUUGUAAGAUGAAAACAAAAGCAGUGAAAAUCAGAUGGCAGCAGGCGUUGACCGUUGUCGCGAAUCUACUCGGAUAUCAUUCCCAAAAUUUCAAUAACGAAGCAAAAAUGAUUGAAGUAAUCGUGAAUGACCUUUUGGGCAAACUGAAUUUUACUCCAUCAAAAGAUUUUGAGGAAUGUGUUGGCAUUGAAGAUCAUAUUGCUGAGAUGAGCUUGCUGUUGGAUAUGGAAUCUGAGGAAGUAAGGAUGAUUGGGAUAUGGGGCCCAUCGGGAAUUGGCAAGACUACCAUUGCAAGAGCUCUAUUUGGUAGACUCUCUCGUCGGUUCCAGUGCAGUGUUUUCAUUGACAGGAAAUUCAUAUCUAAGAUUAUGGAAGGUUAUAGGGGAGCCAACCCUGAUGACUAUAACAUGAAGCUGAGUUUGCAAAGACAUUUUCUGUCUGAAAUUUUAGGCACAAGGCACAUACAGAUAGAUCACUUAGGUGCGGUGGAAAAUAGGCUAAAAAACCAGAAAGUCCUUAUCUCUAUCGAUGAUUUGGAUGAUCAAGUGGUGCUAGAUGUAUUGGCAGGUCAAGCUCAUUGGUUCGGAAGUGGAAGCAGAAUAAUCGUGGUUACAAAAGAUAGGCAUUUUUUAAGGGCUCAUGAGAUUGAUCAUAUUUACGAGGUCUGUCUCCCAUCUGAAGAGCGUGCUCUUGAGAUACUUUGUCGAUCUGAUUUCAAGCAAAACUCUCCACGUGAAGGCUUUGAGAAGCUUGCAGUUGAAGUUACUAGACAUGCCGGUAGUCUUCCUUUGGGUCUUACUGUUUUAGGUUCCACUUUGCGGGGGAGGGACAAUGCGUAUUGGAUGGAUAUUCUGCCAACGCUUCAAAAUGGUGUUGGUGAGAAAAUAGAGAAAAUCCUAAGAAUUAGCUAUGAUGGGUUGGAUAGAGAAGAAGAUAAAGUGAUAUAUCGUCACAUUGCAUGUCUUUUCAAUGGUGAGAAAGUCCCUUACAUUAAGUUGUUGCUGGAAGAUAGGAACCUGGGUGUAAAUGUUGGGAUCGAAAACCUAGUUGAUAAGUCUCUCAUACACGUAAGAAGCGAUACCGUGGAGAUGCACAGUUUGUUACAAGAAAUAGGUAGAAAAAUUGUUCGUGCACAGUCCAUUGACGAGCCUGGAAACCGCGAAUUUCUGGUGGAUUUGGAUGAUAUAUGCGACGUACUUAGUGAAAACAGUGGUACUAAGAAAGUUUUAGGUGUAGCACUGGAUAUGGACAAGAUUCAUGAUGAGUUACAUGUCCAUGAAAAUGCCUUCAAAGGGAUGAGUAAUCUCCGUUUCCUUAAAUUUUACACGUUUGGAAAAGAAGCCAGAUUGCGGUUAAACGAAAGCUUUGACUAUUUGCCCUCAAAACUCAGAUUAUUGUGUUGGGACAAAUAUCCAAUGAGAUGUUUGCCUUCCAAGUUUUGUCCUCAAAACCUCGUCAUUCUUGAAAUGAAGAAUAGCAAUCUUGAAAACUUGUGGGAAGGCGUCUCGCCGCUUGGACAUCUUAAGAAAAUGGAUUUGUGGGGAUCUAAGAACUUGAAAGAGAUUCCCGAUCUUUCGAAAGCCACCAGUCUAGAGAAAUUAGAUCUCAAGGGCUGUUCUAGUUUGGUGGAGCUCCCUUCAUCUAUUAGCAAACUCAAUAAACUGACUGAAUUGAACAUGCCAGCAUGUACAAACCUAGAGACUCUUCCGACUGGAAUGAACCUUGAAUCCCUCAACCGCCUCAAUCUCAAAGGAUGCACACGCUUGAGAAUUUUUCCAAAUAUCUCAAGAAACAUCUCAGAGCUUAUUUUAGACGAAACAUCCAUUACCGAAUUCCCUUCAAAUUUGUAUCUCGAGAAUCUUAAUUUGUUUUCCAUGGAAGGUAUAAAGAGUGAGAAGCUAUGGGAAAGAGCACAGCCGCUUACACCUCUCAUGACCAUGUUAUCUCCUUCUUUGAGGAUCUUGUCUCUCUCGGAUAUCCCUAGUUUAGUGGAGCUUCCUUCUUCAUUUCAUAAUCUCCAUAACCUUACAAAUUUGAGCAUUACAAGAUGCAAGAACCUAGAGAUUCUUCCCACGAGAAUCAACCUUCCAUCGCUCAUUCGCCUUAUUCUUAGUGGGUGCUCGCGGUUGAGGAGUUUUCCUGAUAUCUCAAGAAAUGUCUUAGACCUCAAUCUAAUCCAAACAGGAAUAGAAGAGAUUCCUUUGUGGGUUGAGGACUUCUCUAGGCUCAAAUACCUAUUUAUGGAAAGUUGCCCUAAGUUAAAAUAUGUAUCCAUUUCUACACUGAGACAUCUUGAGAUGGUUGACUUUUCAAACUGUGGGGCAUUGACUGGAGCUGGUAUAAUUGGUUAUCAAAGUGGAGAGGCAAUGAGACCAGAUGAUAUUGAAACAGAGGUACUAGUCCCCGAGGAGGCCUCUUCUUCUCUUCAAGAUAAUUUUGUCCCAAGAGUCAAAUUCAGACUCAUCAACUGCUUUGACUUGAAUCUUGAAGCUCUUCUUCAGCAACAAUCAGUUUUUGAGCAACUCAUCUUGUCUUGUGAAGAAGUGCCUUCAUAUUUCACUCAUAAAGCUACAGGAGCAUCCACAUCUCUGACCGUCCCUCUGCUUCAAACCUCUCUCUCUCGACAAAUCUUCAGACUUUGAGCUUGCGCUGUUGUUGUUUUUGACCCUAUACCAACCCUUGGUUCUGUUUGCGUGUAUAUC